UCAAUAUACGUCAAACUACCUAGUGUGUCCAUCCAUCAUCAAACAAAAUAUGUUUAUUUUUCUAGGAAAUUUAAAAACUUAAAAUCGUCUAAAAUCCAGUGUUUCUGCGUUUAGGAGUAAAUAAAUUAGUUGAUUUUUCAUUCAAGCAAUGUUUUAACUGCCAAGAUGUCUGAAGGUUCAGAGGAUAUGGCAUUGCAUGUCGACAACGUCUCCGUAGAUACUUCUAAGAAUAAUGGCUCAUUGUUUGAAAUAACAAACGAUUCUGGUGUUGAUACUUACGACUCAUGUUCUGCGGCAUGCCCUUUGUCUUCGGACUCGGAAGCUUCGCCGAUAAAAGAUUCGGCGACCAUCUCAAAAUCCGCCGUAAGCGCGUCAGCCGAAGUUGAUGUUGAAAAUGAAAUUGUUUCAGCGAAUAGUAGUCCAGUUUCGAUUUCACCCGAUAAUAAUGAUCGCAAUGAGUUUCCAGCGCAUGGGAAUCGACAUAUAUCUUCAACCAACGUAAUUACAGAACCGACUAAAAUUAAUCUAAGCCCUAAAGAAAUAGUAAUGACAGAUACAAUGAUUAAAGUAGAAGAGAAAAGGAAUAGUUAUGAAUCGUUAAACACUGAUUCGAAUCAUCUAAAAAGCAAAGCUAUAACAACAUCGACAACAAGUUUAGAUGAAAAUAAGUCUACAAUUAAUGUUAAUUCUGCCAUGUGUAAGUCUCCAUAUAGCCGCAGCGCUGAAAACAUAUCAAUGACGGAACCACAAAAUGAGAACUUAAAUUUAAGUACAAAUGAGUUGAACACAGAAAAAAUAUUGUCUGAAUUCGCAAAUCAAAAAUCAAAGGUUGGUGCAACCCAAAAAAUACCGGAAAGUCCUCAGGUGACACAGAUCUUAGACGUUGGAUAUUCUAGGCUGCCUAAAGAGCUGUUGUCUCAAGACCUGGGCAGUAUAGUAAAAAAUGUACACGGCAUAUUUUCAUCAGUUAGCGGCAGUUUAAAAAGUGCUUACAAUAACAGCCAUAGAGUACUUCCUCAUCAAAAAGCUCCAAUGAAAAUAGUAAAAAAUUUGCCAAACAGUAAAGUCAUGAAGGAGAUAUUCGAAGAUGAAUCUAUUCAAGAAAAUUCCCAAGUAAAUAUCGAAAAAACCAAUGUUGAUGUUGAAAAUUCAAAUUUAGGUUCGACUUCAGAAAAUGAUGGGGAAGAAGUGAGCGCUGAUACAUUAAGGAUGCAGGUAGAGUCUCUGGAGAAACUGUUAGCCGAUCAGAAGAAGGAGAACAGUUUGCUUAAGGACAGGGUGAAACAUCACAUAGAUGAGUUACACGAGAAAGACCAUAGUUUCAAAGAGCUAGAAUUAAAGUUGGAUUUGAUGGGCAAAAGAGUAGAGCAAGCGGAACGUGAAAAGGACGCAGCAGUUAUGCGAUAUGCGAGCGUUGAGUGCACAGCGAUCGAAGCCAAGCGUGCUGCAGAGAAAGCGACCGCAGCUGAGAAAGCGGCCGUCCACGAGAUGGAGCUGCUCAACGGGAAACUGAAGUCGGCACAUGUUGAGAAACAGAGGAUCUGUCAACUCUAUGACGAUAAGUGUCACGAGCUGUCGAACAGCGAACGAGAAGUGUCGAAGCUACGCGAUGAGCUGCGCGAGUUGGAGGGCCGCCUCAAGUGGACGCAGAGCAAGCUGCGAGCUGAAAUGGACGCUUAUAAGGAGAGUUCGGAGCGAGCGGAGAAGCUGUCACAGCUGGUGUCGGAGCUGGAGGCGGCGCGGGACGCGGCCGCCGCCAGCGCUGCUGACUCGGCGAGGGGCAAGCUGCUGGAAUCGGAGUUGAAGGAAUGUCGUGCCGCGUUCAUCCUCUGCCGCCACGAGAAAGAAGAGAUUGAGAGGAAGAUGGCCACGAUAUCGCAGCAGCUGGACGCUUGCCGGCGAGAACGGGACAGCAACAGUGAGGCUCUCACUCGCACCACCGCUGAGGUGGAGGCGCUGAAGCUGAGCAACCUCCGGCUGGAGGAGGAGGCGGCGGAGCUCGCGGCGCUGAGGGCGGAGGCCGCACUGUCCGCCGCGCUCGGCGUGCAGCUGGAGAGGGAGACGGAGCGCGCGAACAAAGCGGAAGAGGCGCUGUCGCAGGCGCGCGCGCAGACGGAGACGUGCGCCGGGCGCGAGGCGCGCGCGCUCGAGCACGCGGCGCGCCUCACUGCGCUGCACGUGGCCGAGCGCGCGCUGCACGCCGACCAUCACGGGAAGGUGCAAGCCCUAACUGCAGACAACACGUCCCUACGAGAACGAUUGACGAAUUUAGAACAGGAGUGUUCAAAGCUGACCUCCGCACUGACGGACGAGACGGAACGACGCAACAACGAGACCAGACAGCUUGCCAGGAGGGUGGCCGAGUUGACAGAGAAGGUUUCAGAUGCUAACAAGAGACUGGAAUGGGAGAAGGGAGAGAACGCUGUGCUGAAGAAGAAGCACGCCAGUGCCAUAAAGGAGCUGAACAGAGAGCUGCAGCGGGCGCUGAAGCGAUGUGAACAGCUCGAAGCCAAGCUGCCGGCGCCCGAGGACUCUUCCACUAGAACUGGGUCCGUGACGUCACUCAGCAGCGGGGAAGGCGCGGCUCCUGACGAGAAACUACAGAAUGGACACGACGCCAUUCCCGAAAUACAGAUAAAAAGUACAAGUUUAAUCGACAAAAUAUUCUCAAAGCACCGGUCGCCGGACCGGCAAGCGCUGAUAGAGCGCAUCGUGUCGCUGCAGCGCGCGGCGGCGCGUCGCGCGGAGCGCUGUGAGUUCCUGGAGGAGCACGCGCGGCAGCUCACGGCCGAGCUGCGGCGCAAGGCGCGGCUGCUGCGCGCGCUGCUGUGCGCGCUGCCCGCCGGCGCCGUGGCCGACCGCGCCCGCGACCUCAACAAGCUAAGGAAACUAACUAAGAAAGAAAUGGCCCAGCUGGGUGGCGGGGCCAUGGCGGCCGUGUGGGGCGGCUCCACAGACGGCAUGACGCUCGAACUCUCACUGGAGAUGAAUCGGAGACUGCAAGCCGUUUUGGAAGACGCGCUGCUCAAGAACAUCACGUUAAAGGAAAACAUGGACACGUUAGGAGCUGAGAUCUCCAGGCUAAAAGAGCAGAUAAAACCGGACGAGAAAUAAUAUAUAUCCAUGUUUAAUUAAGUAAUUCUCAUAGGUUUUGAAAUUAUCAGUUACUAGAUGUUGCCCGGGGCUUCGCUUCCGCGGGAAUUUUGAGAUAAAAUGAUAGCCUAUAGCAAUCUUGGAUAAUGUACCUUUCUAAUAGUGAAAGAAUUUUUGAAAUCGGUUCGGUUGUUUCGGAGAUUGCCCGCCUCAAACAUACAAACUCGCAAACGCUUACCUCUCUAUAAUAAUAGUAUAGAUUUUCCAUGACCCAUUAAUAUUAUGCCGGCGCUAUCGUGCAACUCGGACAUAUGUCGACGCGAAUACAUGAACAUUGCUGAGUUUGUAUGUGUGCUUUUAUUUACCGCAAUUAAAAACCAGGAAUGUAUACCGAAUCCGCCAAGUUACAGUUAAGGCGAACUGAUCCGCGAUAUCCAUGGAUAUUGUCCAUAUUAAUUAUAUUACAACAACACCUAUUGCAUAGAAUUAUUAGAUAGAAAAUAAAAUUAAACUAAAUUAAAAAUAAUGACAAAAAUAUAUUCACAUGUUAUAUAGCACAUCAAUUGAUUGUUUUCGACAAACUUAAAUAUAAUUUUUAAUUUUGCUUUAUCGAAUAGCGCAACACGUCAGUGUUGCCAGUGACGACCAAUGGACAAAACACCCUUAAAUAUUUUCUUUUUUUAUGUUUUGGACGAAGACGCUGCGUUAUACAAAUAUUUGUAAAGUGACAAAACAAAACUCUAUUUAGCUUGCAUUGUGUUACAACUUGUAAAUGAAUAAGUUUUUAGUAGCUUUUGCGUGAAGCGCGUACAUGCCAGAAAUAUGAAAAUUCCGACCAAUUAUAAUGCUGUAUUUGCUCGAAAAAUACAUUUUUGUGUACAUAGAAUUAUUUUUUAAAUAUCUCCACUGUAUAGACAUUGACCAGUUACAAUUUAUGUAGAAAUUAAAAGAAAUUACUUUAAUGUUAUAUACAUUCCAUAAUUAAAUAAAUCUACACUUCCAUACUAAUAAAGAUUUUUUUAGUUUGAUUUGUAGGCAUACUUUAUAGACAACCAAUAGCGCUGUCAGCACUCGUCUUGUCAAUGUAAAGUGUGUCUACAAAAGACGCGUUAAAGCUCACUUUUCAAUGAACGUCACCUUGCCGGGGGGGGAGCCGUGCGGUGUAAGUUAGCUAUGACAUUAACUUAGCCUUUUGAUGUCCUUUUAAUACGCUCUUUUUAACCCCCGACGACAGAAGGACGGAAGUUUAACGCGUGUGUAACUGUAUGUCUGUCCGUGGCAUCACAUUAGCCAAACGGCUGAAACGAUUUUGAUCUAGUUUUGUUUUUUAUUUCAAAGAGAAUUUAAUCGAUUCUAUUCUUGUUUGGAAAAUGUGUAUUUGGAAACCGUCAGCUGUUUUCUAGCAUAUGACAGGACGAAAACUUCGGAGUCGGGAGUUUCAUGAAUUUUUAAUUUUGUUUUUAUUUCAAAAUUCAAGUUAUAUCGAUGGUUGGUGCAUUUAAAUAUUCGAUUUGGUCUCAAUAUUCAUGCGUGUGCUUCUUUGUUACGUUCCAAUCAAAUGGUCCGAUUCUCUGUACUACAAGACAAUAAAUAUCUAUCACUUAAGGAGUAUAUAUAUAUUUAUUUUUCAACAUACUUAACAUUAUGACUCAAAAG